AUAUAUAAGUGUCCACCGCGUGGCUGUGGUUUGCUGAAGAAAAACGCAAGCUGCUUGUUUGAUAGGGAAGAGAAGAAAGAGAGAAAACAAAGGGCGGUGGUGAGUGCUUCUGCUUCAUCAUCAUCAGAGAAUGGCGGCUACUGUGUCUUCUGCUUGGUCAAAGCCCGGCGCGUGGGCCCUAGAUUCCGAGGAACACGAAGCCGAGCUCCUUCAACAGAACAACAACAACCCCAACGACAAGCCACUCGCCGACUUCCCCUCCCUUGCCGCCGCCGCCGCCACCAAGCCCAAGAAGAAGAAGGCCCAGACCUACUCCCUCGCCGAAUUCACCGCCAAGCCCGACUCCGCCUUCGCCGACCAAGAUCCCGUCGUCCUCCCCACCGGCCCCCGCCAGCGCACCGCCGAGGAGCUCGACCGCACCCGUCUCGGUGGCGGCUUCCGCAACUAUGGCGACCGCCCCAACAGGAAUAACUCCUCCGGCGGCGACGAGUCUUCCAAUUCCCGCUGGGGUUCAUCUAGGGUUUCUGACGAGCCCAGGAGAAACGGUUUUGGGGCUAGGGAUUCCAAUCGCGAGCUUCCCCCUUCGCGCGCUGACGAAACUGAUAAUUGGGCCGCCGCGAAGAAACCCUCCGGGGGGUUUGAAAGGAGGGAGAGGGACAAAGGAGGGUUUUUCGAUUCGCAGUCGCGCGCUGAUGAAUCUGACAGCUGGGUUUCGAAUAAGAGUUUCGUGCCUUCUGAAGGGCGGAGAUUCGGUUCCAACGGCGGCGGGUUCGAGCGAGAGAGGAGGGUUGUUGGGUUCGGCUCCAGCGGCGGCGCGGAUUCCGACAAUUGGAACACAAAGAAGGGCGAGUCCAACGUUGGUAGCGAGAGUGUUGGUGGGAGGCCGAAGCUUGUGUUGCAACCUCGGACAGUGUCCGUGAGCGAUGAAGGGGCUGAUGGCAAUAAUGCGGGGAAGCCUAAAGGUGUUAAUCCGUUCGGAGAGGCGAGGCCGAGGGAGCAGGUUUUGGCGGAGAAAGGGCAGGAUUGGAAGAAGAUUGAUGAGCAGCUUGAGAGCGUCAAGAUUAAGGAGGCAAGUGGUGGUGAUGGGUUUGGAAAGAGGGGUUUUGGCUCUUCCAACGGUGGUGGAGGACGUGCUACUUUGCCUGAAAGUCGCACUGAGAGGAGUUGGAGGAAGCCCCAAUUUGAUGAUGAUCGUCCUAAAAGUGCUGAGAAAGUGGAAGAUGAACCUGAUCAAAAAAAGGAAGUGGAAGAUGAACACGUUGAAAAAAAUUGAAGAGCUAUUAAUUUCUUUUGGUCCCUGCAGAUUGAUCGAUAAGAGAGUUGGAAACGAACACUGAACCUCUAAAACUUAUUUUUUGUUUCCCAUUGAAGUUUUGUCCGUCUUUAUCUUUUCAUGUUUUAUUGUGAGAGAUUAAUACUGAAACAGUUAAGAGACAUUUUUUGUAGCAGUGUUGGUAGCUUAGUCAGUCGUUAUUAUGAAUAUGUUUGUUGCUAAAUGUUACCGUAAUUUCCUCCCCACAUCAUUCAUAAUCUAUAUAAGUAAGCUUGGUGAUGAA